ACAUAGAUUCAAAUGGGAAUAAAAACUCAACCACUUCAACUUCAACCUGAAAAGCACUUAAGAACAAACAAAAGGCUUGUGUCAGGAGAUUUAAUGAAGUAAAGCAAAUAAAAAAUGUCGUUUGCACAUUAAGAAAUGCGGAUGUGCUUCUUCAAUGGUAUUUUAAUACACUGAUAAUCUUAAAUUACUGUGUGUGUUAAUGUCAUAUUGUUUUGUAUCGGGUAUCAUCUGUGUUGGACUACAGUCCAGCGACCCGAGUUUGUUGUUUUCAUCAGAGUGGUACAUCAGUCAGGCAGUUUUCCCAUCUCUGCAGCAGUGGUUCCUUCAGUUCCGGGACACCUCAGCUCCUCCAGAUUCUCACCCCGAUGAUCCUGUGGUCUCUGCGGGCUUCUCUGACCUCCGCUCCGGUCUGAAAUCUGCCGGACUCACCAGGCCUCCUCCCACCAUAACCUGAGAAACGAACCGGACUUCUGUUCCGGUUGGGUCUGACCUGUGAGCCGGGGCUAGCUGGGAAGCUAGCGGGGUGUUCGUCAAGCAGGGCUGCGGGGCGAAGGCUCGGAGCAGACGGCGCGCAGCAGCAGAGCAGCAUGGGCGGAGGGACCCACAGCAUCGCGGCGGAGGAGAAGGCGGCGAGCCGGGGUCAGAGUGAAGCGAACAGGAGGCUGAAGUACAUCAGCCUGGCGGUGCUGGUGGUCCAGAACGCAUCGCUCAUCCUCAGCAUCCGAUACGUCCGCACGUUGCCAGGCGACCGCUUCUUCACGACGUCGGCCGUCGUCAUGGCAGAGGUCCUGAAGGUCCUGACGUGUCUGCUGCUCAUCCUGCUGCAGAAGAGACUCAGCGUGAAGGAGACGGCGUUCUUCCUGCUCGACUCCAUCGUCUUCCAGUACAAAGACACUCUGAAACUGGCGGUUCCUUCGCUCAUCUACACCCUGCAGAACAACCUGCAGUACGUCGCCAUCUCCAACCUGCCGGCUGCCACCUUCCAGGUGACCUACCAGCUGAAGAUCCUCACCACCGCCCUGUUCAGUGUGUUGAUGCUGAGGAAGUCCCUGUCCAGAGUCCAGUGGGUCUCUCUGCUGCUGUUGUUCGCCGGAGUCGCCAUCGUGCAGGUGCAGCAGGAGGGGAAGAAGGAGGCGUCUGUGUCGGACAGCGCCGGUCAGAACUACGCGGUCGGCUUGGUUGCCGUGGUGAUCAGCUGCCUGUCAUCAGGGUUUGCCGGAGUUUACUUUGAGAAGAUCCUGAAGGGCAGCUCUGCGUCCGUCUGGGUGAGGAACGUGCAGCUGGGGAUCUUCGGCACGGCGCUCGGCAUGCUGGGACUGUGGUGGAACGACGGCGCCGCCGUCGCAGAGCGCGGCUUCCUGUUUGGCUACACCGGCAUGGUGUGGUGCGUCAUCUUCAACCAGGCGUUCGGCGGGCUGCUGGUGGCCGUGGUGGUGAAGUACGCCGACAACAUCCUGAAGGGCUUCGCCACCUCCUUCUCCAUCAUCGUCUCCACCGUGACGUCCAUCUACCUGUUUGGCUUCCACGUGGACCUGCUCUUCACAGCGGGGGCGGGACUGGUCAUCGGCGCCGUCUACAUGUACAGCCUCCCCAAAGCCGCCGCCGGCAGCUCUUCGUCCCCUGGCUCCUCUUCAUCUUCCUCGGCGACUUCAGCAUCACAGAGGACGGACGGAGGCGCCGACAUGGAGGCGUUUCUGCCAAAAGCUCAGGUCGGGUCUCCUUCCCCUGCCGUCCACGUCACAGACUAACUGCUCACAGCACAGCAGGAGGAGGAGGAGGAGGAGGAAGGAGCUGCAGCGUCUCAGACCACCAGCUGUCUGUCUGUUUCCUGUCUCGCCUUCUGCCUUAAAACUCUUCACUUUACUAACUGAAUGAGAAGAGAGAAGCCUCACGCUGGUGACAGAUGAUGUAUUGAUUCUUGUUGUUGAUCUGAUCGGGUGUUUUCACUGUGCGGCUCCACACGCUGACCUCCACGGGCCGAAACCUUUCAGGAAACAUUGCGUUCAUCCUGACCUUACUGUGUCACGUGGCAGGAAGUACACCUAAACAUGAGGCUCCCGGCCGCCUCCAGCUGUCACAAAGUUCAUUUCUCAAUAAUCAUCAGCGUAAAACCCUUAAAGAGCCACUUUGGGAACCGAUCGCCUCUCGGUGAUCAGCGUUUGGGCUGCACAGUGAAAACACACCGCGGGUCAAACGCGCCUCUUUGUUUCCUGCCGACGGCCAUGUUGGGCCGAGACUCUGCAGACGGGCCGUUGGUGCUCGGUGCCUUUCCUUUCCAUCUGGACAGAAGCCAUACUGUUGUGUUGAUGGCAGAGCUGAGACCAGCCGGGACUCGAGGCUCAGACGGCUCCUGGCUCACACACGCUGAACUCAGAUCAGUUUGGGAAGCGGCCAGCAGUGUGGCGGAGCCUCGAGGAGGAAGUGCUCGCUGAUUGGAGCACCUUUUCACUGAAUGGAUCGUACUGACGUUUGUCCUGCUGAGGCGUCCUGAAUGUCUUCGGGUGGAUGAAGUCGUCUUGUUGGUGUGUUUACGUUGCUGUCGCACUUUGGGAGGAAAGUUUUUGUUGUUUGGUCUGCAGGAGGUGAUGAAGGCUCAGAGUCUGUGAGCCGCCACACUAACCUGAGGAUUGUUGAUCAGGUGACUGAAAAGGUUCCUGCAACGUUUUCCUAUGGAGUUGGAACGUUUUGAACUUUUGAUUUUUAUUGAUCGAUCUGUUGAUUGUUAGCGUCUCCCUCUGAGCUGAGGUGAAAACUGAUGUCCCCCGGACGCUCAGGAGGUUUUAUUGUCCUGCACGAGUUUCACACCAAGUGGACGCGAUUCCACUCACACGACUUCUGACCGAGAGGAGACGAACGUUGGAGCUUCGUUGUUCUUCAGCUCCUGCAGGUUGAUCAGCCAACUCAAAGUUUUCUCCCAAAGUGUAAGAAUCACUUUAUGAAAAGUUUCUGUUUUAUUCUGAUCAGAAUCAAAGCUGUUGGAGUUCAGUCUGAGUCUGUGAAGGCACAACAAAGACAGAACAUUUUAUUUUCAUUUACUUUGUGUAAAAAGGAAAAGGAGCCCGCUGACAGGGACGAUAUAUUAAUAUAUGAGAUGUUUUAAUGAAACAUUGGACUGAAACGCUGAUUCUGUGGUUUGUGUGUCUGGGUGGAGGUGUGGUGGUGGUGGUGGUGAACAGGAAGAGGAAACUCAGCAGGUCGCUCCUGUCUUUAAAGGGAUAAUUUGUGCUUUGAAGGUUUGGCUGCCUGAGCAUCAACAGGUUCUGCUCGGCUGCUCCUCCAUGUGGUCUAAAACCAGCCGACGGAGGCAGCGGGAGGCCGAGUCAGCGAAGACGUGGGACGGUGGGACGAGUGUGUUGAGACAGUGGAAGGUUGUUUAGUGAGAUGACAGAUAGUUUUAUUGUCGCACUGAGAUAACGAGACCACAGCUGCACAGGGAAAAAGCUUCUCUCUGAUGUUUUAAUCUCAUGACAGUCCGGGGAGUAAAAUGAAAACGACGUGAAGACUCAUGGAUGUGAAGUGUGGCGUUCAGUGGGGUCGGUACAAGCUGCUGUGACCACGUGACCAACGGGACAAAUAUCUGGCUAAUUUACAGAAGAAAAGUCCACUCGGUGUCCACAUAUGACGGCGCGUUAAGCUGGACGACCACGACGGGUUCGCUUGUCUUCACUGCUGCUUACAAACCAAACAAGCAAAAUGAAAAGUUACUCAAAGAGGCAGCUGAACUUUGACUUUUCAGAGCUUAGGAUUAAUUUUACUGACAUAAAAAACAAAUUUCGGCUUUUAAACCUAUACCAAACAGUAAAAACAGUUUGAAUACACCUGUUUCUGCUUUUGCCUUGGAUUUGAGCUGGCAGUCUGGAGCGCCACCUGCUGGAAGUUUAAAAUAAUCCUGUAAAAUCCACUGCAGCAAUUUUCAAACAAAUCCUGUCUGAGUUUCAGUCUGAAGACAUCCGACAGGGUUUGUUUGUCCUUGGCGGAUACUUCAGGACACAUGGACAACUGUCCAAUAGGAUCGUUCAGAGAUCUUCCGGGAUCUUUUAAACUUCCUCUUCCUGUCUGGCACCGUGUGUUUGGUCUGUAUGAAAUCUGUUUGGUUUCAUCACUGAUCUGUUGUAAAAAUGCCUCUGGAUUUGUACAUACUUCUUUUGGUAAAGUUUUCUAUAAACACGGACAUGGACUCAA